AUGCCACCCAAGGUUCGACAGAGGGGAAAGAAGCCCUCCAAGCUCAGGAAGCUGCAACCGGAGCAGGACGGGGAACAACAACAGCAAGAGCAGCAGCACAAGCAGGACGAUGUGCAGCCAACUGCUUCGUCCUCGACUUCACCCACCCACCAGAUCCAGGCGCAGGCGCAGGCCGACUUUAUCCCUCUCAAUGGCGACGAAAAAGUUCCAUCUAUGGACGCUGAAGACGGUCAGCCAAACUGGGUUAAGCUAGGAGACAGGCCGAGCAAGGCCGAGCACGAGGCGCCUUUCGGCUAUGUUGAUGUCGAGCUCAAGGCGUAUCUGCGUGCCGGCUGGGAACGUGUCGUCGAGCUCGAGUCACAAGGAUAUUCUGCCAAGUCAACUCUGACCGCCCUUGCGGCUGCCAGCUCCUCCAAUGCGGUUCAGAGCAGUGUCAAUGCAGAGGACGAGGACGACGAGCUGGCGCUGCUCCUGCAAGCCACGCUCAAGGAGAUGGACGGCAAAGAACUUUUGCUGUCUACUGACCCGGAUACUUCGCUAAUCGUCGAAGGCAUCCUGCAUCGCCUCCCUGCUAAACCACUGCGCGUAUUUGUCGACCGCCUCGCGGGCAACUUUGCCGUUCUCGCCAAACACCGCUUCGCCAGUCACGUCGUCCAAGCGUGUCUCGCGACCCUUCAGCCUGCCGUCACACUCGAACACGCAACGCAGCUACAUCUCCAGCAACCCUCUCAUGGAUCAGCAAAUGGCAAAGCGGCGGCUUCGUCGGCUUACACCAGCGAUACCGCGACCAUCGUCAACGAAGACGGCAUCUUGCGCAGCGCGACCCAGCUCACUCUCGACAUUGCCGAGGAGCUCUCGUCCGACCAGAAACUGCUCACCUCUCUGGUGACCGAUGCGUUUGGCUCGCAUGUUCUUCGUUCGCUGUUGUGCGUUCUGACCGGUCGCAACAUCCAGACGGAUCCUGGCUCGUCUGCACAUGCAGCAGCAGCUUCAGAUCUGAGGUCGCGACGCAGUGCAAAGUUCCGCCAUCGCAAGGCGCCAACAACUCCAGGAAACACCGGCACAGUAGCAGCUGCGGCGCCUUCAUCCGAAGACCUUCUCGUAGUCAUCCCUGAUCUGCUCCACAACCGAGCCACCUCGCUCCGACAAGAGAUCCUCAACGAUGCAAGCGUCGAGGUCAUCCGAAGGUGGGCCACCGACGCUGUGGCUUCCCCGCUCCUGCAGCUACUCAUCGAAGCCGAAGCAGACUUGCUCGACGACCAGCAGGACGGCAAGCAGUGGGCCGGUACGCUCGUCGACAGCCUGCUGAACGGCUUCGUCUCCUCCCCGCCCGUCUCCACAUCAGAGGGAGAAGAGACAAAGAAAGACUCUUACCUCGAAACGUCGCUCCGUGACAGCAUCGCUUCGCACGCCUUGCAACUGGCUCUGGAACGUGCACCCGCUUCGACGGCUUCACGCUUCUUUGACGUCUACAUUCGCAACCGCAUGGCCAAGCUCUGUGUCCAUCCUGCUGCGAACCACAUUGUGGCCACGCUCAUUCGUCGACUCUCCCGAGCGGACCUGUCGCGCACGAUUGCAGAGAUGGUCAAGAUCGCCACGGGUAUGGUGAAGGAGCAAAUGGUGGGUUGCUUGCAGGCUGCUGUUGACCGCGUCGUUCAGGUGGUGCAGGAGGAGAACGCGCAGAACGAGGAGGAGGAAGCGAAGGAGCUGGUCAAGGCGGCCAGCGGUUUAGUACUCGCUGCAUUCAGGUUGAGGUCCAAGUUGUCCGCGGAGGGCGGGGAGGGCGGGGAGGGCGUGGAGGAUAGAGAAGCGGACGGGCCGAAGCUGCUUGUGCCUGCGGUUUUGGCGUUGAAGACGCGCAAGGCGUAUCUGCAUACCUUUGGUGCGCACUUGAAGAAGGGCGACAAAGACAGCGAGGAAGGAGGUCGUGGGCCGAAGCGGGGCCGCGAUGGUAAGGCAAAGCACGGCAGCAAGAAGCACAACAAAUCGAAGGACGACGAGGGCUCGGCCAAGGAAGAAGCCGGCUCGACAUGGACCAUGGAUGCAUCGUACGAGCUUCCUGCCGCCGAAUCUACCGUUCAAGGCAGUCUGCUCCUCCAAUCGCUGCUCCGACUCCCCGGUCCAGCUGCACCACCGCGUGUCGCCCCCAAACGCACCUUCGGCCGUCCUACGCCUGCCGCCGCCCCAGCCCCGGCCCCCGAAUCGUGGGGCAGCGCACUCGUUCUCGACUCGCUCCUUGCCCUCCCCACCCCCACUCCGUUCGCACGUAACCCUACUGCCGUUCACAUCCUCAUCUCGUCGCUCUCCCCCCCACCCACCGCCUCCCCGCCAUCAACCGCAUUCGACUACGCCCAAUCCACCCGCCGACGCAAGCUGUCCGCCGCCCUGACCGACGCGCUCCCCACCUUCUGCGGAGACAAGUACGGCUCGCGUCUCGCCGAUGCACUCUGGUUCACCGUCGACGGCUACUCGAAGGAGAAGCUCGUCAAGACCGUGAUCGAGCACUCGACCGAGAUCCUCAAACAGCCCUACGCCAGCUAUUUCACCAAUAAGCUACAGCUGCAGCUGUACAGGAAGGGUAAGGUGAGGGAGUGGACCCAGGCGGUUCAGGCUCAGCAGUCGGCUGGGCCGCGCAAGACGGAGACGCUCGCACCGCUAACGGCGAGUGGGGAAAGGAGGCAUCGGCCGGUGGUGGUUGAGACUAAGCGGGUUAAGGAGAACAGUGCGGGCAAGACCAACAAGAGCAAGCUGGACGGCCAGCUUGAUUCGAUUCUGGACCAGAUUUGA